GCACUACUACCCAAUCCUUCGCAUCUAUCAGUUGGCUACAAACCAAAAUGGCGGACGACGAGAAGAGUGAAGAUGGCGAAAGACAGAGAUUUCUGCAGUCUAUGUUGAACAGAGGACCAAAUAAAAGGCAGAUAAAGCCAGUAGAAAACAGUCCCCUCCUUCAUUUUGCCCUCGGAGAAAGUGAUGACAGUGAAGAAGAUGAAGACUUUGAGUUCAAUGAUCAAGAGGAGGCCUCUGGUAGUGAAGAAGAUGAGGCUGACACAUCCCAGCCAAUAAACUCCUCCACAAACUUUGCCAGGAGUGAUAGUGAUGACUCAGAUGAUAGUGAUGACAGCGAUGCACAGGGGCCAACAUUGUCCAUUGGUGAUUUGAUAGCUGCCAUGAAGAACAAGCCUGAUAAAAAGCCAGAGCCUUUGAAGAACACAUCAGAUGUAGUGAUCUGUGGAAUAUGCAUGGAUGACCUAAGUGAUGAAGGUGAUGAGAUUGUAGAAUGCGAUGGCUGUGGCAUCACUGUACAUGAAGGGUGCUAUGGCACAAUCAACGAAGAUCACAGUGAGAGUGACAAGAGUAAUGAUACAGACUCACCAACUGAACCAUGGUUUUGUGAUGCUUGUAAAGUCGGGGUUCAACCAGACUGUGAAUUAUGCCCUAAUCUGGGUGGAAUAUUUAAAGAGACAGACACUUACCAGUGGGUGCACUUGUUGUGUGCUCUUUAUACUCCUGGAAUUGCCUUUGUGAAGCCCGAGACACUGGAAUGUGUUACUCUCUCAGAGCUCCCUCCAUAUAAAUGGGGUGUAAGGGAAUGCAGUCUAUGUGAAGACGAGCGCUUCAGUCGCACAGGAGUCUGCAUAGGUUGUGAUGCGGGAAUGUGCAAGACUUACUUCCAUGUUAGCUGUGCUCAGAUGUAUGGACUUCUUUCUGAUGUCCCAGAAGAGUGUGAUGAGGAUGUUGCAGACCCACUUUACGCCCAUUGCAAACAGCAUGCAGAUAAGCAGACAACAAAAAGUAGGCGUCGGGCCUGGUUGGCAUACAAUGCACGUUACAAGAAAUUCAGUGAGCGAAAAUCUGCUAGUGAAAAGGAGAGAAUUGAACAGUACUUGGUUGAUGCACAAGAGAGGAUUAAAGUGGAGAGGCGCCAAAUGCAGCCUAAACCCUAUAGUAGCAUUGCAUUUAUAACACCCACUGAAAAGGUACCCAGACUUCUGUCUACCUGCCCAGGAGCUUGUCGGCAGCUAUAUCUGAAAGCCAAACUACUUGGAUUUACGACUGAACAAACCCAGAGUGAAGUGCCUGCACGAAGAAAAUGGUUCAUUCGUCCUGCACUCACGUCCGAAUUUGUCAAUUAUUACAAUGAGCGUGAUAGCCGGGUCAAGGAGAUGCUGGAGAGACAGAGCAAACUAGAAAACAACAACAAGCAACUUCAGGAGGAAGAGCAAUUGCUCAGAGGCAAAGCAAAUCAGUUAACAAAGGAUCUUCAAGGUCUUACAAGUACUGCCAAAAAGCAUCGAGAAGAAGGGCUUCUCUUGCACAAGCUGUUAAACCAACUAGCUGACAUGCAAUUUCAACUGCCAUCUGUUUUAGAAGCCAAAAGGCCAAAGAGAAAAAUUUCAGAAUCCACCACAAAACACAUCCAGAUUAAUGUCUGUGCAACCUGCAAAUCGACAGAUAACCAGCACUUGAUGGCAGAAUGCGACACAUGUCAUAACUUCUACCAUCUUGCGUGCGUGGAUCCUCCAUUGUCGCGCAUGCCUAGGAAGUCUGCCAAGUGUCUCUGGCAGUGUUCUGAGUGUGAUCCAAGUGAAAGUGAGGAGGACGUGGAAGUAGACGUUGAGGAUACCACGCCCAUCUCCCAGAGCAGACAGAAGCGGACCAUAAAGGAGCCAACCAAGUUCACGCCGGACAAGGGAGUGGCCCGUAGCCAGGAUUUCGAGCGGGGCGGGGGCUGGGAGCCGACAAAGCUUAGAAAAAAGCGCCGCUACUCCGUUGAUGUAUCUAUCACUUCGGCUACUUCGGACGAACAGACUAUGGAACCAGUGGAGAAAAAGAAGAAACUUGGCAGACCGCGGACCGGUAAACGUAAGCAAUACGUGAAAAAGGAGAAGAUACAAGACGAGCGGACGCAGUGUUCGCAGUGCGACAGCCCAGGAGAUAAUACUACCUUGGUCAGGUGCGAUAAUUGUAAGUUGUGCUACCACUUCGGCUGUCUCGACCCGCCAGUCAAGAGUAAUCCUAAGAAGAGGGGAUAUAUGUGGUAUUGUACAGAAUGCGACGAAUCGGAUGAAGAUGAGGAUGAGGAGCAAGGAACGGCACAGGAUGCAGAUGAAAAAGCUACCGAUGCGAAAGGAAAAGCAACGUCUGAAACAAAUAAAGACAUUCAGAUUAAACAGGAAACGCAAGAGACACCACAAAGCUAAUACUUCAUGCGAGUACGGGCCAUCUUUCCCACAAUAGAUCCUCCGUGUAAAAUGAACACUCCUUGUAGCAUUAUUACUUUCAUUGAAGUGAAGCAACUAUUAGUUUGCGGGACACAACGAAAUCAUCGAAAUCAUCAUCAUCAUCAAGUCCCUUCGUCAUGGAGAACAUUUUUUUCGGAGCAGAGUUUUCCCUUCCAGAGAAGAAAAUGUAGAAAGCGUUUUUUUGUUCACGUUCAAGGAAAGAGUUGGACGGUCAUUUGAGUUGGAACGUCUGCCAGCUCCACUAGACCUUUCGGCCCACGGCCCGUACCCAAACUAACGAGAGAAAGACGCAUCAGAGAAAUUACUUUUAACUCAGUGUUCUCCUUAUCUAACCAGAUAUAGCCAUUGUACCUACAAAUUGCAAGUAAAUGAUGUUUUCACUGUC